UCCAAGGACAAACUAUCCUGGCAGAAUGAGCGGGACAUUUACACCACCCCAGGGAUGAAACACGAGAAUGUUCUCCGCUACAUUGGGUCCGAGAAACGUGGAUCCAACCUGGAGAUGGAGCUCUGGCUCAUCUCCUCCUUCCACGAACGGGGCUCGUUGUCCGAUUAUCUGAAAGGCAACGUGAUCAGCUGGAACGAACUGGGUCACAUCGCGGAGACAAUGUCCUGUGGCUUAGCUUUCCUUCAUGAAGACAUUCCCCGAUACAAAGGAGAGGGCCCGAAGCCUGCAAUCGCCCACAGGGAUUUUAAAAGCAAGAACGUGCUACUGAAAACAGACCUCUCAGCGUGCAUCGCUGACUUUGGAUUGGCCGUCAGGUUUGAACCUGGGAAGCCACCUGGAGACACGCAUGGACAGGUCGGGACGCGAAGAUACAUGGCCCCCGAAGUCCUGGAGGGCGCGAUUAACUUCCAGCGAGAUGCCUUUCUCAGGAUAGAUAUGUAUGCCAUGGGACUGGUACUGUGGGAGCUGGUAAUGAGAUGUACUGCAGCCGACGGGCCUGUGGAUGAGUACAUUUUGCCGUUUGAAGAAGAGAUCGGCCAACACCCAACCCUGGAGGACCUACAGGAUGUGGUCGUCCAUAAAAAGAUGAGGCCUGUCCUGAAAGAAUGCUGGUAUAAGCAUCCGGGCCUCGCGCUGUUCUGUGAGACGAUCGAGGAAUGCUGGGACCAUGACGCUGAGGCGCGCCUCUCCGCCGGAUGUGUCGUAGAGCGCAUCUCCCAGACCCGAAGACUCAUCAAUGGCACUACCUCUGACUGCCUGGUGACCAUGGUAACGGCCGUCACAAACGUGGACCUGCCCCCCAAAGAGUCCAGCAUCUGAGUGUCAUUUUUUUUUGUUUUUUUUGUUUUGUUUUCUCUGGUGUGUUUUUAUUGGGAAAUUGGAGAGGAAAACAAAAAGGAGAGAGGGACUACAACAACAAAAAAAAAUCAAAAAACGUAAAUAAUCUGUGUCUUUUUCCCAGACUCGGUGGAAAUCGAACUAUCGACGCAACACAGCUGCUAUUUUAACCUGACUUUUUUUUUAAUUUUUGUUCUCUCGGAUUCAGAACAAUUUACCAGCACAUUUACUCUACUGUAAUUUAACGGAUAUCUCAGUAUAAAAGCAUUCAGGUGUUGACCAGCGAAUGCAGCAAAAAAAAACAAAACCGGUUCAGGUACCUCCAGGCUCGAAUCCAUUUUAGCCGUUCUGGAUUUCUUUAUCUCUGCUCAUUUUUGUGGCUUUUCUGUCUCCUUGACAGCAUGUU